UUAAUAGGAUUUCUUGCAUAACAAAUCUAAUCUAUAUCACACUAUUGCUUCAUUGACCUCAAAAAAGGAUCUGCAAGAUACUUGUUCUUUUCUUGCAGAAUGCUUUCCGCAGAACCCUGAAAUUGAAAUUCUGGGGCAUGUUUCAAGGCCUUGAUUUUUCGAUGCAUCGAUUAAUUAUUUUACUUAGUCUACUAAAUCUCCUUUUCGUCUUCUUCAGCUUCCCUGUUGGAGCACAGUUCAAUACGGUCGAAGUAGAACGACCUUCACAAGAUGGUGCUUCAAAUUUUCAACCAAGUCUUGCUGUUGUUAUAGGAAUUCUCUGCAUCAUGUUUUCAUUAACUUUUAUUCUCCUUAUCUAUGCUAAGUUCUGUCACAGAGGAGCUACAGUUCAUGGAAAUUCGCAGAAUAAUCCUGCACUAAAUCGAUCAGGAUCUAGAUUCUCAGGAAUUGAUAAGACAGUGAUAGAAUCACUUCCUUUCUUCAAAUUCUCUUCAUUGAAAGGAUCAAAGAAAGGGCUCGAAUGCGCAGUCUGCCUCUCUAAAUUCGAAGAUAUUGAAGUUCUUCGGUUGCUGCCCAGAUGCAAACAUGCCUUUCAUAUUAACUGUGUCGAUCAGUGGCUUGAAAAACAUUCUAGCUGCCCACUUUGUAGGUGCAAAGUUAGUGCUGAGGAUACGACAAUAUUCACAUAUUCGAAUAGUAUGCGAUUCUUGUGGAAUCAAUCAGAGAUUCAAGAGGAUUCAAGCAUAGAAUAUUUUAUCCAGAGAGAGGAAAGUCGUCAAGCGUCUUCAAGAUUCAGCAUCGGAAGCAGUUUUCGAAGGACCGAUAAGGUACUUAACAAGGAUGAAGAAGCAUUAAUCCAAGAACAAGAAGCUGAAGAUUCAGAUGAUGAACAAAGAGUCUUGCACAAGUUCAAUCACAAGAUUAUUAUAUCAGAUGUUGUUCUCAAGAACAGAUGGAGUAAUGUGAGUUCUUCUGAUCUCAUGUUCUUGAAUGCGGAGAUGCUUCAGGAUAUGUCGAGCAACAGAUUCUCUUCUUCGGAUUCUAAUAAUGAGCAAUUCAUCAGUACAGAAAAUGAGCAAAUGGUCAAGAUUAAAGAAGAAAUGGAGAAGAAAAGAUUGUUUGAAAGCAAGUUCAGCACAAUUAGCAACUGCGACUCUCCAACACCAUUUCCAGGUAACCCUUCAACAUCAUCAGAUUCAAACAGGAUUUCAGGUCACAACACAUCAAGUAUAAUCGAUUCAGGUGACAGAAGAUCAGUAUCUGAAAUCACUGGCCUUUCAAGAUUCAGAAAUGUGAGUAUUAAGAAGACAAUAAGAGAGUCCUUUUCAGGUGAAAAUAAUAGAGAAGAGGAUAGAGUGAGGAGGCAAUGGUUGCCAAUUGCUAGAAGGACAGUUCAGUGGUUCGCCAAUAGAGAAAAGACAUCUCAACAAACUCAGAACAGAAGACAAACAUUACAUGUAUAACAAUACUGAUCUCUCUCUCUCUCUCUCUCCUCUUUUUAGAUUAUUUUCUUUUUAGUUUUUUCUUGGCAAUUUCACAUGGCACUUAAAGCUCUUGAGAUUUGUUAAAAUUUUAAAUAUUCUGAAUCUGGCUAUGUAGAAUGUAGAUAGUAGUUGUAAGUUUAAACUUGAACAGGAACAGAUGCAUGUUUUCUUCAAGGUGAUAAAGUAAUAAUAAUUCAUGGAUACUUAUGAAUUUCA